UUUUGAGCUCUAUGCUCGGCAGCACUUUAUAUCGUUGGCCAUUGUCAAGGCGAACGCACGCGAGCAGCGCAGCAAGGCAGCCAAAGAAAAGCAGCUGAAGAACUCAAAACUCCUCAGUGAGCAACUUAUAUAACGACUGAUUAGCCCGGAGUUUGCUUUAGUUAUUCGGUCAACUCUCGACGGUCAAGCUCGCAGCGAUCUCGCGACUUGCCAUCCAAAAAAUAAAUCACAAAAGCACCGAAUCUCGUUUCAAGGAACUUUAUCCGCGCCUUUGUCGAGGAACAACCUGCAAGCAAAGUCAAGUGCAACAUUCAAUACCCACCGAUGUGCAAUGUGUGUAAUCAGCAAACAGUGAUCAUUUACAUACAUGAAUAAAACUCAUCUCGAAAGUGAAGCGUGACUCAGCACCGAUAGCCAAAAAAGGCAGGAGAACAAGACAAUCCGAAAGGAAAGGAUACUUUUCGGUCACUUCCAGAACUCACGACCCCAAGUUACAGUUGCAGUUGCAAGUUAUUCUGGCCAAAUACAACGACGACAAGACCCGAUCUGAAGAUUUAGAGGAUUGAAGACACGAGGGCAAACAGUUAAGACAAAAUGUUUCUACGCCGCUGCACCUUACUGCUGCUGAUCUGCCUAAUUGCGAGUGACGCCGCCAGCGCCGCACGCAAAACAAAGCGUCCUGUCAAGCCGGUCAAGCAGACCAAUCCGCGCACCAAUGUAACGCCUUCGCCGCCGGCAGUUGCCUCAUCGGGCAGUUCCACACCCGCCAGCACCAGCAGCACCACCACCACGGAAGCAAGGGGCGACCAGGAGGUGGUCACAGUGGGAUCUGCAGCUCCAGCCGGCAGUGGAGAACUGCCCAAGCCUCUGGUCACGCCCAUCGAGGUGCAGCCCGAGGCGAAGACGGACAAGGCACCAGCUCAGGAGGAGGAAUGCGAUCCAGAUAUGAUUGGCUUUGAGAUUAUUACCGGCUACGUGCUUUCGGCUCCCUCGAAAAUGCUGGACACUCUGCCCGGCACGCUGAUGCUAACCGACUGCUUGGAGGCCUGCCAAAAUAACGAAUCCUGCAGCGCUGUCAACUACGAAACCGGAUUGUGUGUGCUGUUCAAGACGACCGCCGAUAAAUUGCCAGGUUCACUUUCGCGCUCGCAGUUUCCGGUUUUCACCAUCUACGCACAGAAAUCGUGUUUGGGCGUGCGUCCUUGCUCGAAGGCCUGGUGCAUCGAUCGCGUUCAAGGUUACCGCCUCCCGGAGCACGUCAAAUCUAGUCAGACGGUUCUGUCGCGGCGCGACUGCUUGGAACUCUGCUUGGGGGAGACCGAGUUCACAUGCCGAUCGGCGAACUAUUACCGCCACUCGGGUCUUUGCGAACUGUCCGACAUGGACCGCAUUACCCUGUCUGCUGGAGGCAGUGUGGAGCCCUACGAUGGAGCCGACUACCUGGAGAACAACUGCGCAGAGGAGCCCAGCAAACUGUGCGAGUUCAAGCGGAUUUCGGGAAAGAUCCUGAAGACGGUGGAUUCGGUUUACCAGGACAUCAACACCAUCGACGAGUGCAGAGAUCUCUGCCUUAACUCGCCCUACAGAUGCCACUCCUACGACUACAAUGACACCGGAGACAUGGUGUGCCGAUUGUCGCACCACAGCCGCGCCACCUUGACCGAUGUGAUGGAUCCUUACUUGGAUGUGCCCGAGGCAGCUACCUAUGAACUGUCAGCCUGCUACAAUGUGUCCAUUGAGUGCCGCUCCGGUGAGAUGAUCACCAAGAUUAGAACGUCCAAGCUUUUCGAUGGCAAGGUGUACGCCAAGGGAGCUCCCAAAUCCUGCGCUGUGAACGUGAACAACUCGUUGGAGUUUGACUUCCGCAUGGGCUACAAUGACCUGGAGUGCAAUGUGCGCCAGAGUGCUUAUGGCAGAUAUAUGAACGACAUAGUUAUCCAACAUCACGACAUGAUUGUCACCUCCUCCGAUCUUGGCCUCGCCGUUUCCUGUCAGUAUGAUUUGACCAACAAAACAGUGCUGAAUGAUGUAGACCUUGGAGUAACUGGCGAGAUUGAGUCCUCCUUGAGCGAGGAGAUCACCAUUGAUUCGCCCAAUGUGAUCAUGAAGAUCACCUCUAGGGAUGGCAGCGACAUGAAGAGGAUCGCAGAGGUUGGGGAUCCGCUUGCCCUCCGAUUCGAGAUCGUGGAGCCCAACAGUCCGUACGAGAUCUUCGUGAGGGAACUGGUGGCCAUGGAUGGCUCGGACAGCGCCGAGAUAACGCUGAUCGAUGCUAAUGGCUGCCCCACCGACCAAUACAUCAUGGGCACCAUCCAGAAGCUGGCGCAAAAUCGCAAGGUGCUGCUCUCCCAGUUCGACGCCUUCAAGUUUCCUUCAAGCGAAGUGGUCCAGUUUCGUGCCUUGGUAACGCCCUGCAUUCCGCGCUGCGAACCCGUGAUUUGCGACAGCGAAGAUGGCGCCAGUGGAGAGCUCAAGUCCUUGGUUUCGUAUGGGCGCAAGAAGAGAUCGGUGCUGAAUGGAACUGAUGGUGCCGAGUUCUUGCUGAGCACACGCCACCGUCGUGAUGUGGGCCCUGUGGAUGAUAACAUACUGCUCAUGCAGUCCAUACAAAUCACAGACAAGUUCGGGUUCCAGCCAGAGGAUGGCACUGCUACCCAUGGAAAUGACAGCGGUCCCCACGAGAAGGCCUAUGCGGGCGUGGCCCAGGACAAGCUCACUUGCCUUAAUGGCUAUGGACUUAUUAUGGCCGGAGCCCUGUUCCUGUUGGCCCAGUUGAGCAUCUUCGGCAUCUGGAAGACCGUGCAGCGCCGCACCAGCAAGGAGCGCUACCUAUACCAGCACGAGCCCACGCCCACCAUCAGCUACGGAGCACCCACCAUGUUGUACGGACCACCACCGAACUCCUCAGCCGGAUCUUCGGCCUCGGGAGCGUCCUACGGGGGCAGUGCCAAGGACACGCUGAGCAAACUCUAUGAUAGCGGCAUCAACGGGCGCUACGGACAGCAGUUCUAGGAAAAAUCUGGGUGGCUCUCGCUGUUUGCCGGGAACACUUAGCUGGGAACAAACGCAAUAUGCCUCGAAAGCUUCAAAAGAUUCGAUGAGACUUGAAUAGAAAAUAUUCGCCUAGCAGCGACACAUGAAAUCAUUGAGAACCCUUGAUUAAUUCAGCCUAGACUAAGUCUACGAUUAGUUUACACUCGGAGUUUUGACUCCUUUUUUUAUGAUCAAUCGAAUGCGCGCUUUUAAAUGCACUGGAAUGCGCAAUUCCAGCAUUUUAAAUCGGCGCAUUGCCAAGAAAAGAACGGAAAUUUAACCCGAUAAAUUCGAGUAAGUUUAUAGAGCUACAAUCUCUCUAGCGAAAGUUAGGCUAAUUAUAAGUUUAGUGAGAAAUCUGCUUCAUGUCCUCGAGCGUAAUGCAUUUAUAACUAUACUAUUUAUUAUUAACUAUAUUGCUGCUCUCAAUUACCCCGCAAAGUUUGCCAAAUAAUUUUGUAUCAAAAUGUUUUGCGCCAGGCUUCUGUGCAGGGCGGCAUUUCCAAAUUUCCGCAUCCCAACCAUCCUUUUAACCUAACUAUUAAUUUUCGAAUCACACUUCUUAUUAUUUAUUAGCCGAGACGACAGGCGGUGCUAGUUAUUAGGAACUUCUGAGAGACUUAGUUUAAUCUCAAGAAGAAAGGAGAUGAGAGUAAUAAACGUAAAUUUAAUAAACGAAUUGUACUGAUUAAGUAAUGCAAUAAACCUUACGCCUAAAUAAAAAUAUUUAUUAAUAAAUGUCUAAACAU